AUUGCAUCCCCAAAAUUGAUAAAAACGGCCUCUACCUUGGUCCGUAAUUAAAUGAUCUCUACCAUUUUAGAUUUUACCAAACAAGUCUCGUUGAUUUCUAUAAAGACCGGUUCCUAAUCCCUCCACCACUACUUAGAUUCUGAUCGGUUUCUUCAAAGAAGAAAAAAGAGAAAGGGAUGGGGAGAUUGUUUUUGGUGAAUUUGGAAGGAAAGUCUUACAGUUGUAGGCACUGUAAGACUAAUCUCGCUCUCUGCGAUGAUGUCGUCUCCAAGUCUUUUCAGUCCCGGCAUGGAAAAGCUUAUCUCUUCAGUAAAGUAGCAAAUGUGUAUGCUGGGAAGAAGGAAGAUAGGAUGAUGAUGACGGGUAUGCACACGGUGGUUGAUAUUUACUGCGUUAAAUGCGGCUCUUAUGUUGGGUGGAGAUAUGAGUUUGCUUUUGAGAAGAACCAAAAGUACAAGGAAGGCAAAUCUGUUCUCGAAAGGUACAAGGUCUGUGGACCGGAUGGGAACAAUUACUGGGUGGCUGCGGCUCAAGAAGUUGAAGCCGGGGAAAGUGAUACUGAUGAAUGAUUGAUAUUGAUGCUUCAUCUCAAUAAUUCACCAUAUCUGAUUUGUACAUUCUUCUCAAUGUCUUCUUCUCUUUUACUCAUUUUGUGAACCAUCCAUCUUUCAUUAGGACUCCUUCAGAGAUCACUUGUUUGUGUUGCAACUACUCGUGGAACACAUUCAAUUAUAAUAUAUCUCAUUAUCUUACUUUGUCAAAG